AUGGAGGGGAGCCUCUGCCAUGAGCUCGAGACCGACCUCCCGGCCGCCGAUCUGUGGGAGGUCUAUGGGGGCCUCCUUGUUGGGCAGUUAGUUACCCAGCUGCUUCCUCAGUUAUUCUCAAAGGUUGAGGUCUUGGAUGGAGACGGUGACGUCAGUACAGCCUUGCUGGUUACCUUCGCUCCUGCUCCUGGAACUGAUGCCAGCUCCGGGAGUUGCAAGGAUAAGUUCAUCAAGAUCGACAACGAGAACUAUGUCAAGGAGUCCGAGGUGAUUGAAGGAGGUUUCCUAGAUCUUGGAUUUCGGAAAUAUCUGGUGCGGUUUGAGAUUAUUAGAAAAGAAGAUAAGACCUCAAUAAUAAGAUCAACCGUUGAGUAUGAAGUUGACGAAGAGCACAUCAGCAAUGCCUCCCUUGUCAGUACCAGGGUUUUUGCUUCUAUUGCUGAGGCAACCGUGAAUGAUAUCAAGGAUCAGAAGAGUAGCAGGCAAGCUCCAGAAACAGAGUUCUGA